UGAUGCCCCUUCAUCUGCUGUUUUUUUUUCCUGUCUUUUUUUUUGAGUUCUGCUCUGUUUUGUGUUUGUAAUAUCUGUAUGGGAAAGAUUUAAAGAAAAUGUAUCUUAAGAUGUGGCCACUUUUUUGAUUCACCUUCUCGCUCGCUCGCUCGCCUGCGCUCUCUUUCGCUCUCUCUGGUCUUUUUGUUUUAUCUAUUUCUUUAUAUCUAUCUUAUAAACAGUAGGCGUGUGUGGGGAGGGCAUCGCAAGAUACGGACGUGUGUAGCUUUAUAAGCAAAAUAUCCUAUGCCUCUAGGUGGCACACCAACCAAAAAAAAAAAAGAAAAGAAACACGAAAAAAAAGAAAUCAAAAAAAAAGAAUCAUUUCAUAAAAAUACAUAUCUAAAUACAGAUGUACAUGUGCAUGCACACAUGUGCGUACGCUUUUGCACACCCAUAAACACGGAUACACACAUGUGCACACACAUGCAUACAAUUAGAAUUGCACUUGUGCAGAAAAACAGACUAUUUGCUUAGGCCCCAAGCAGAUGAGAAAAUACACAUGUACGGGAUACCUUCGUCUUCGUCAUCGUCAUCGUCUUCUUCAUCACCAGAAUCAGAAUCGGAAUCAGAAACAGAAUCAGAAUUCAGAAUCGUCAUCGCCUUGGAGCCCCAUCUCAAUUACGAGCUUCUCCAUUAACUAACGAAGUGUAGGAAAAAGUCGAAACCAAACCUAGCCCAUCCAAUAGUUGGCUCUCCGGUGGCCAUUCUUCUUUCUUCAUCUUAUUGCCGCAGCUGCGCCUUAUUUCCACUGAAAGGCUUACUGACACAUUCUCACUUUCACAACGACCACGAUAUUGUACAAAGCUGCUCAUACUAAAUACACAGUUAUAUAUAUAUACAUAUAUAUCGGGAGAGCGGAGAGAGCUCGAGAGAGCAAGAGCGAGAGAGAGAGAGUGGGAGUGUUUGAGAAGAUGCAGAAGUGUGUGUGUGUGUGUGCGCGUGCGUGUGUGUGUUGCCUGUUUAACUUUAACUGAAACUGAAAAAGAUCUUUCUCACUUCCUCAACUCAACCUAAGAACUCCGAUCCGAUUCAUGAAUUAUUGCAGAUGUGAGUAAGUAUUGCGAGUAUGCAUGUGUGUGCACGCGUAGAAUCGAAAAGUAAAGUAGUGCAAAAACAAGUAUCGAAUGAGCCACAUAAUCCAAAGCGAAAGGGUUUCGUUUGUUCGGUUUUCGUUUGAAAGUCCCCUCGCCCAAAGACGCUGCCAUAACUUGUACACAUGUAUAAUAUAAAUUAACAAACCGCUCCAUCGUGUUAUCAACGACAUAUGUAGAUAAUAACACGCCCAGCACUCUGUGCGUGAACUGAAAAACUGAAAAGCUAAAAAACAGUUACUGUUACAAGCGAAUAAUAAUAACAACAAGAGUGAGUGCCUUUGCCUUUGACCAGCCGGAGACGACGACGACGACGUUUGAUGUUGUUGGUGGAGACGGUGACAUCAGAGUCUAAAUCUAGCGCGAACAGAUUUCUUUUAAUUCCGUAAACUAGUGGACAACGCACCGUACUCGUUCCGCAACCGUUCCGUACUCGAACUCGAGCUCGAAUUCCUCCGGACACACUCGCAGCAGCACUCGUGAGUAGCGAAACCCUAAAGGAAAUCUUCAAGAAAAAGCUGGCUGCAUGAAAAACAUCACCAGCUCGAGCACUUGCAGCACCGGGCUGCUGCAAUUGCAGAACAACCUGAGCUGCAGCGAGUUGGAAGUUGCCGAGAAGACAGAACAACAGGCAGUUGGACCCGGCACCAUACCAUCACCGUGGACACCAGUGAAUGCCGGUCCUCCAGGUGCACUUGGAUCGGCAGACACAAAUGGCAGCAUGGUGGAUAGCAAAAACCUGGAUGUUGGUGAUAUGAGCGAUGACGAAAAGGAUCUAUCUUCCGCUGAUGCCGAAGGUGUAUGGAGCCCAGAUAUCGAGCAGAGCUUUCAAGAGGCUUUAUCUAUAUAUCCGCCGUGCGGACGUAGAAAAAUCAUUUUAUCCGACGAGGGUAAAAUGUACGGUCGCAACGAACUAAUCGCACGAUAUAUAAAACUGCGCACAGGCAAGACGAGAACCCGGAAACAAGUCAGCUCGCACAUUCAAGUGCUAGCUCGGCGAAAACUCCGCGAGAUCCAGGCGAAAAUCAAAGUGGAAACCAAUGGUGUGUCUUUGCAUUUAUUAAAUGAGAAAGAACAAACGUUGCAGGUCAUGAGCACAAUGACCAGUUCGCAAAUCGUGUCCGCCCAAGCGGCCAACAAUCUGGCAUUGGCUGCCUCCGCAUUAUCGGCAGCAGGUGGUGGUGUUGGUGGUGUUGGUGGCGUCCACCACACCACGAGGCAUCUCAAUCUCAGUCUCCCGCCACCCCCCACCCACCAUAGACACUCGUCGGCGGCGGCAGCAGCUGCUGCAGCAGCCGCAGCAGCAGCGGCAAUAGGCAGCAAUGUCCCUUCAGCCGCGUUGGUCCCCCCCGGACCGCCGGUUAUGGCGUCUACCACGUCGUCGUCAUCGUCGUCUGCAUCACCUCGACAGCAGCAACAGCAACAGAUACAGCAACAACAGCACCACUACCACCACCCAGCCCACCAACACCACCACCACCACCACCAUUCCCAUCCCAAUUUGACGCACCUACCGCAUAGUCAUAUGCAUCCACACCAUCACCAACAUGCGGCAGCCGUUGCAGCGGUGUACCAUCUCCAGCAGCAGCAACAGCAGCAGCAACUGCAGCAGCAGCAGCAGCAGCAGCGGCCAAACCAUACGGACAACGAUCCAGUGGCACUGGGUACUGGUGGGCCAACUGAGGCGCCGCCAGCACCACCAGCGCCACCACCUCCUCCGCCGCCGCCGCUGCACCACCCGCCGUUGUAUUCUGGCCAAUUCUGGCAACCUGGACUACAGCCGAGCACGUCCCAAGAUUUCUAUGAUUACAGCAUCAAGCCCUUCCCCCAGCCACCGUAUCCAGCUGGCAAAACGUCGACUGCGGUUUCCGGCGACGAAACUGGAAUUCCGCCCUCACAAUUGCCCUGGGAAGGACGAGCCAUUGCCACGCACAAAUUCCGCCUACUCGAGUUUACGGCGUUCAUGGAAAUCCAGAGAGAUGAUAUUUAUAACCGGCAUCUAUUCGUUCAACUUGGCGGCAAGCCAUCCUUUUCCGAUCCAUUGCUUGAGACUGUUGAUAUACGGCAAAUAUUCGACAAGUUCCCGGAGAAAUCUGGGGGACUGAAAGAUCUCUACGAAAAGGGUCCACAGAAUGCGUUUUACCUAGUUAAAUGCUGGGCGGACCUGAACACCGACCUAACAACCGGCAGCGAAACGGGUGAUUUCUAUGGCGUAACCAGCCAAUACGAAAGCAACGAGAAUGUCGUGCUCGUGUGCUCCACAAUCGUUUGCUCUUUUGGCAAACAGGUGGUGGAGAAGGUGGAAAGCGAGUACUCCCGACUGGAGAACAAUCGCUACGUGUAUCGCAUCCAACGCUCCCCGAUGUGCGAGUACAUGAUCAACUUUAUUCAGAAGCUGAAGAACCUACCGGAACGCUAUAUGAUGAACAGUGUGCUGGAAAACUUUACAAUAUUGCAAGUAAUGAGGGCACGGGAGACGCAGGAGACACUGUUGUGCAUAGCCUAUGUGUUUGAGGUGGCGGCCCAGAACAGCGGCACCACCCACCACAUAUACCGUCUAAUUAAGGAAUAGCAAAAGCUGCACGGAGCAGAGCCCAAC